AAUAUGGGAGAUGUUGAUGAUAAGGAAAUUCCUGAAUGUAUAUAUCGUAAUAUAAUGGUUAGACAUCAAAUUUUUAUUCCACCCAACUUGAAAAAGGUCAUUCAAAAUAUGAGUGAGAGGAUACAAAAGUUGGAGAAUAAGAUUCAAGAUUUAAUCAAUGAAACUCAAAACAAAAGAUUAGAUGAGAAUGCAGAUGAAGAACUUCGUGCUAUUAGGGUAGAUGAUGAUCUGAAGAUUACAGCAGAAAAUGAAAAAUGGUUUCUUCGUUAUUGGUGCUCGAAAAAUGGUUGCUUGAUUGCGCAGUCCGAUGACGAUUGCCCCUUAAAAAAAUGUUUUGACGGCGAUUGUGGUUGUAAGACUGAUAAUGAUUGUCCAGGGGUAUUCUCUUUCUGCUAUCCAGUCCUAGAGAGAGAUCUUGGAAAUUGUAAAUUAUGCAAAACCGAUGAUGAUUGUGCUAAAGCAGAUAUGCUUUAUGGAAGAUUUUGUGUGAAUGGCAAUUGUAAAGUUUGUACUAACCAUAGUCACUGUAAUGACAGAUAUAUUUGUAGGAAUAAUGGUUGUGUGCAAUGUCAAAAAAAUUUUGAUUGUCCUUCUUUUUUAGAAGGAUAUUGUAAUACUGAGCAAGAUAUCAAGGCUGUAUUGGAGAUAGUGGUUGUCCAAUUGGCCUAUAUUGUAAUAAUAAUUUUUGCUGUAAAAAUGCAAACUGCUCCUGUACAACGAGUUUUAAUUGUCCUCAAGCUAGAUAUUGUACUAAUGGAACAU